AUGGAUAGAACUAAUGAUCAACGUAGAAGUCCACCAAACUAUAACAGACCGAGAGAUCUUACACUUCAUCGUACUAACCCUUAUAAUCCUUAUUCCUCUGAAAGGGAUAAUUACGGUUCUAAUUCUCAUUACAUGUCUUCUCGUGGUUAUUCAGAUUAUCAAAUGAGAGAACCACCACAAAUGCCUAUAGGUAGAUAUAAUGAGCGAGAAGAAGAAUCGGCAUUUAGAGGUCAAGUUUCAUAUGGUGGAAAUACAAGAGAUCAAAAACCAUAUGGGAGACCUCCAAUAUCUCCCCUUCAAUCUUAUGAAAGAAGACCAGUUUAUCGUGGUGGGCAUUCAUACAAUUCAUAUUCUAGGCCACCCAAUCGAGAUUAUGGACCUCCUAUGCUCGAAGAAAAGUUGGCACAAAUCAAAGCAGAAGGACAAAGAUUGAGAGAGGCAGAGUUAAAAUUAAAUGAAGGUGUUCGAAAAUCACAAAGAGAACUUAAUAAAUCAUUAUGGGAAUUAGAAAAAGUUAAUCAUAAUACUGCUUUGGCAACAAGACAAGUAGAAACCCUUUGUACGGAAGAGGAGAUAGAAAAAUUAGAAAAAUUAACUAAUGAAAAAGAAAUUGCUGAAAGGGAAAGAGAACCAAAAAUAUUGGAGUGA